AUGGUUAUGGUUGGGAGUGCAAGCAUCCAGAUUGCACCAAGGAGCCCACCUUCGGUGUGGAACGGCAAUAACAACAACAUCAGCGCGAGACAGCGACAACGAGAGCACGGCAGCAACAGCAAAAUCAGUGACAGUUGCACACCAACGGCGCGCGCUGACAGGGAAGGGAAAUCUGUCGAUGGCUUCGUGUCGCGUGCCUUCCCCUCUUGUACUGGACGACUAUCCUCUCGGUCGACCGGCCCCUGUCAAGUAUAUGGAACCAUUCGUCCAAACUAGAGGCGCCUCCUUGCAGAUAGUGGUGGUAGGAUACGAAGGAAGGAAAGUGCUGCCGUAGUUUGUUGUGUUUUAGAAGAAACGGAGACAGCAGGUCAACAAUUACUUCGAGCCUCCUGACCACCAAGGUUGGUUGUCUUCGCCCCCCCCUAUUCAUCUACGAACGCUACGCUGGCUCAAGUAAAGGGGCAUGGGUGCCAUUGCUUGUAUCCCAACGAGUUCGUGAGCCGUUUGGUGUUGUGUUAUCUUGCUAUCGCCUCGACUUAAACUCAGAGAGUUCCUGCAGGUAUUAUCACCAGUCUUUUUUCGACCACAAGCGCACUCAGAUUGACAUGACAACGAGAACAUGGGGAGAGCAGGUCUUUCGACGCAUGUUUUUGGUGGGGCUCGGUGGGUUAACGGGAG